AGCUCUCUCCCAUGGGGAUGGGAGAUGUGAUUAUUCCAUAUUUUAUCAUUAUUUAUUUCUCUAUUGUCUCCCCCUUAUUCCUUCAACCGUUUUCCCCCUUUCUCCAUCCCUGGCCCCGUCCCUCUCCCUGUAUGUGUUCCGUUCCUGUCGGUGGGAAGUGAGCUAGGUUGGAGGGAGGUAGUGAGUCGUGGUAACAGUGUUCUGAGUGGUCAGUACUCUGUAGAGGACGUGAGAGGAGAGGUUGGUCAUCUCAACUGCAGACUAGUGUUCCUGUUUAAUGAAGGACUGGUCCAGUCAGAGAGCUGCCUCACUGACCCAACAACCACAGCAGCCUCUACUCAGAAAAAGAGCAGAAGGAAAGCCCUCUGCCCCUCCCCCUGUGCCCUCACAGACACCAGGUGGCACCCUGGCGGUGGAUAAGGGCUUGGUCUGUUGUGCCCACCACAGGGUCAUGGUGGCUGGCCUUGCCAUACUAGGGGUGGGCUCCAACCACAACAAAGACGUCCUAGUGUCAGUGCUCCUGGUGGGGCUGGGUGGAGGAGGGCUGGAGCUGGACCCUGCAGUGCUGAACCUGAAGGUUGCAUGAGGAUGAGAAUGAGGAGAAGAGGGGAAGACCUUGUGAACAAGUAUCAUGAUCUCAUACUUUACUGUAUACAAAAUAAAAACAUGUACAGAUGUAGUUUAUUCUAACACUAUCAAUCAAGUAAAGAAUGUUUUAUUCUCAAACUUCUCUCUGGUGUUUA